GUGCUUUUGAUAAAGUGUUGAGCAUAUUUAAUGGGUGUAAUUGCGGUUUUUUUAAACUCAUUGUUUUCACAGAUUUUAUUUUCAUUACGUAAACCCUCUUCUGUUGGCUUUGUUUUCCUGUUACGACGCUUUUCUCUGUGAGCUACUUUUUUUUUUCAAAGACAAGACUUUUUGGCUUUCAUUAGAUGUACUCUUGCACAAAUACUUUUGUUCCGAAAUGAUUCGCGAUGCAAAAUGCGAUAAGUGCACUGAACGGAAAACUACUGCUAUAAAUGGUGUUGUCAAGAAACAUGGAUUUUGUAGGUUGCCGUCUCUCCUUGUUUUGCGCGUCGAACGGGUAAUAUAUAUGCCAUCUGGCUACGUGUUGAAAAGAAACGAUCGUUUUUCAUUCCCUGAGAUAUUGGAUGUUGAAAAGUUUUGCUUUUUUUCGAGACCUCAGGUAUGGAAGUUGUUCGAAAAAAAUUAUUUUUUUUUAGUUUUGGGAGGCUAUUUCCGCCAAAUGUUAGUGUGUGGCAUUUUAUAUAAUGGUACUAUCGCCAAUUCCUCAUUUUUAUUUUCGGACGCUGAAAACUUGGAAGAUCUUGCAGCUUCUAUAAGCGCCUGUUCUUUGCGCUUUAAGUACCGAUUAAGAGCUGUGUCAGUGCAUAUGGGAGAGCCUGAGUCAGGUCAUUUUAUCACUUAUCGAAGAGGCAUUGGUUCUGUUGGCGAUACUGCCUGGUACAAAACUAGCGAUUCACAAAAUUUUCGUUCGCAACUUUUCUGCAACUCUUAUAUCACUUACUGGCAGUAUUGUACAUUAGGAACAACAUCUUGUAAAAAUUCUAGAAGUCUUGCAUGA